AUGAAUGCAGAGAAAGACACUCCGGAAGGCGCGGUCGAGGACGUGGAGGACAAGGACCCGCCGCCGCCCAUGAACUUCAACUACGACUACGAUGACGCCUUGCCCCGGAGCGAAACCACCAGCGCCCCCUCCCCCGACGUCCUACUGAACCGCGCCGCCGUCGUCUUCCUCGAGGACGCGGUGCGCGUCCGGGAGAGCCUGCCCUUCCACAGGAUCCAUCGGGCCACCGGCGCUGCCGAGGCGUCGGCAGAACAGCCGCUGGAGCUGUACACUGUGCACUCCGUGAGGGCGGUCGAGGGGUCCAAUUUCAUCCUGUGCCGGGGUGAAGCCGGCGAAGGGGCCGUGUACGGGUGCCGCGCAACCGGCCCGGCGAGGGCCUACGUCCUGGCCCUGGCCGGCGAGCGCGGGGACGUGACGAUGACCGCGGUUGCCGUGUGCCGCACCGACGCAUCCCGAUGGGACCCGGAGCACGCCGCCUUCCGGCUCCUGGGCGUGAAGCCCGGCGGCGCGGCGGUCUGCCACGCGGUGCGGGACGCGCAGCUCCUGCCGGCCAUGAACGGGAAGAGCCCCGUCGCCAACUAA